AUAUUUGUAAAUUAGUUAUUAAAAAAAUAUAGAACUUUGGAAGUUUCUUGUAUAAUUUCUUAUUUUUUCAUUUAUCUCUGUAAAAAAUUAUGUUUGUUUUAAAUUAACAAUUAAAUAGGAUUUCAUUUAAAAGACCUUGGUAUUUUCAUACAUUCAGUCAGAACAGUUCUACUUAUAAUUGGAACCGAAAAUUCUAAGAAGAAAAGAAUAAUAAGGACUAUAUUAUAUCCUUAUAUAUUUAAACAGAUAUAUUUAGAAAAGAAAUAAUGAUACACUUUUCCAAAACGGACAAAUACUUACAACUUGCAAAAGCAGGUACCAGUUAUGCCAAACAUAUGAAUCGUUUAAGUAAUCGAAUAUUUGGCGAAGUAACAAGGACAACUAAUAACAAAUCUAUGAAGGUAGUGAAAUUAUUUAGCGAAAAACCGGUAAACAAACGACCAGAAAUUGUUGACUAUUAUCCACGGCACGUUGAAACUGAUUUAUUAAUGAAACACCUAAGAGAUUAUGGAUUAUUUAGAGAUGAACAUGAAGAUUUUAAAGAAGAAUAUCAACGCUUAAGAGAACUUCGUGGCAAAAAGAAAUGGGUUCCACCAAUGUUUAGAAAUAAGCAAAACGCAUGAAUUUUUUUGUUUGUCUGAAUUCAGUGUAUUACACCAAACUGUAUAUUUUGUAAAAAAAUUUCAUAUAAUACAUGUGUAUAUUUAAAUACCAAGUAUUAUGUAUAAAUAAGAAUGUAAAGAUUCCAAAAUACAAAAUGAAAAAAUAAGUAUAGUCUCUUUGGAUAUGCUACAACAAUAUUAGAAUAAGAAGCAUUUAUGUUUUCAAAACUAAAUGGCAAUAAC